GAAAGAUCUUGUCGGAUAGACUUCAAGAAGAAGUGUCGGCCGUACAUAAGGGAAUUGGUCACCACGAUAUCAGUGAAAUUUGUGCCAGGGAUAGUGCUCCAGUCAGAGCUGUAUGAAAACAAACUCUCCAUCAUAGCGAAGUCGGGUUGGCCUCCGUCUGUCAAAGGCACAACGUAUAGCGCGCAGGGUUCCUUGAUGGGGCUUCCGGAAAUACGAAGGUAGACGCAGUCGCGCAUGAAUUUGCACAUGAGCUGCCUUGAACUAUGGCAUGAUUCCAGAUCAACAGGUUCAGCAUCGCCCAGUGCGAGUGUUUCACCCGUUGGUAGAGGAACAGAGACGGCAGGCAGACGCGAUCCCGUGACCAGCCCAGCCACAAGCGUGUCAUUGACGCGGAUGGGAUGGAUCCAGAGGUCUUUGAUUGCUGUCCAUGGAUCCUUGACAGCCACCUCCAUGGUCACAGGCACUGAUCCGACUUUGAUCAACGGAGCUCCCUGACUGUCCUGGUCGGCUUGAGGUGCAUCGGAGACAGGCAGCAAAAAAUUGUCAAACACUUCGAGCUCGUGUAAACGUUUGACAGCCCGGAAAGCCGCGGCACGCUUGGCCUCCUUCUUUGUCCUUUUCAGGGCUCCUUGGAACACGAGAUCCUGCCGUUCCAAUGGCAGGGCAGCCGGCAGCCGCACAGUUGAC